AUGUAUGGCGCUCUAUGGUUUUAUCAGGUGUUAGGAAUCUUCAUCAGUGCAAGUUACAAUCUAUCGACGGACACUUUGGUAGCAGGAUUGCUGUCCCAUAUAAACGGGCAAGUAGCUCGGUUGGGUAUCAUGCUGACAAAGAUGGGUCAUCAAUCAUCGGCGAUUGCCAGCGUGGAAAAUAGACGUCAGAUUGACUUGACCUGCGAACUGUGUAACGAACUCAGUGGAAUGCUAGAGGAUAUUGAUUAUCUCUCAUCAGUACAUGGAAAACCAUAUGGCUUUCUCGUCGAACUGGUGCUGUUCCACAAGGAUAUUCUGAGAUUCCGCAAUGAAAUUGUCGCCAUGUUCAAUUUGUCAAUCUUUGCCCAAGUGAUUGCUUCCGUUUUCAUCAUCUGUUUGACAGCACUCCGAUUGAUCGGAGAAUCGCACGAUCCAUACGCGAUGGUUUGCUCGCUGAUUAUUGCAAUCGUAUGGAGGUGGUUUGAUAGCGUUGUGAUUAUUUUCUCUUUAUUUUUCAGGAUGAAACAACCAGCGGAGAUCAAAGUAGGAUUCAUUUUCAAAUUUACCUUAUCUUUGUCCACCUUUCUUUGGAUCUUAAAAACGUCAUAUUCAUAUUUUGCUGUCCUUAAGAGUGUACAAUAG